CAUCCUUAGAGAAGGAGACUCGCACGCUGGCUGUUUCAUGAGGAGAGGCGUGGGACGCUUCUGCGGCGUGGUCUAGCGGCUCCGAGGGAGGCGAGCGUGUGUCCGCUCCCGUUUCCGAGGCCUAGCGGGCCGUCGGUGGCCGAGAGGUUCGGGGUUUGCAGCGGCGUGAGAGCUCGCGGCUAGCCGCGCCCCGGCCUCACCAUGUUGGUCCUGUUUGAAACGUCCGUUGGCUACGCCAUCUUUAAGGUUCUAAAUGAGAAGAAACUUCAAGAGGUUGAUAGUUUGUGGAAAGAAUUCGAAACUCCAGAAAAAGCAAAUAAAAUAGUAAAGCUAAAACAUUUUGAGAAAUUUCAGGAUACAGCAGAAGCAUUAGCAGCAUUCACAGCUCUGAUGGAGGGUAAAAUCAAUAAACAGCUGAAGAAAGUUCUGAAGAAAAUAGUAAAAGAAGCCCAUGAACCUCUGGCUGUGGCUGACGCUAAACUAGGAGGGGUGAUAAAGGAAAAACUGAAUCUCAGCUGUAUCCACAGUCCUGUUGUUAAUGAACUUAUGAGGGGAAUUAGAUCGCAAAUGGAUGGCUUGAUUCCCGGGGUGGAACCACGUGAGAUGGCAGCCAUGUGUCUUGGAUUAGCUCACAGCCUGUCUCGAUACAGAUUGAAAUUCAGUGCUGAUAAAGUAGACACAAUGAUUGUUCAGGCAAUUUCUUUGUUAGAUGACUUGGAUAAAGAACUAAACAACUACAUUAUGCGGUGUAGGGAGUGGUAUGGCUGGCACUUCCCUGAGUUAGGGAAAAUUAUUUCAGAUAAUUUGACAUACUGCAAGUGUUUACAGAAAGUUGGCGACAGGAAGAACUAUGCAUCUGCGACUCUCUCUGAAUUGCUGUCAGAGGAGGUAGAAGCAGAGGUGAAAGCAGCCGCAGAGAUAUCUAUGGGAACAGAGGUUUCCGAGGAAGAUAUCUGCAACAUUCUACAUCUGUGUACCCAGGUGAUUGAAAUUUCUGAGUAUAGAACUCAGCUAUAUGAGUAUCUGCAAAAUCGAAUGAUGGCCAUCGCACCCAAUGUUACAGUCAUGGUUGGGGAGUUGGUAGGAGCACGACUCAUUGCUCAUGCAGGUUCUCUUUUGAAUUUGGCCAAGCAUGCAGCUUCUACAGUUCAGAUUCUUGGCGCAGAAAAAGCACUUUUCAGGGCCCUCAAAUCUAGACGAGACACCCCUAAAUAUGGACUCAUUUAUCAUGCUUCCCUUGUAGGCCAGACAAGUCCCAAACAUAAAGGAAAGAUUUCUCGGAUGUUGGCAGCCAAAACUGUUUUAGCUAUCCGAUACGAUGCAUUUGGUGAAGAUUCCAGUUCUGCAAUGGGAGUUGAGAACAGAGCCAAAUUAGAGGCCAGAUUGAGAAUUUUGGAGGACAGAGGGAUAAGAAAAAUAAGUGGAACAGGAAAAGCAUUAGCAAAAGCAGAAAAGUACGAACACAAAAGUGAAGUGAAGACAUAUGAUCCCUCUGGUGACUCCACACUUCCCACUUGUUCUAAAAAACGAAAAAUAGAAGAGGUGGAUAAAGAGGAUGAAGUCACUGAAAAGAAAGCAAAAAAAGCCAAGAUUAAAAUUAAAGUGUUUAUUGUAUCUUCAGUGUAUUGUUUACUCACCUCUCACUGAAGGCCCACAAGACUAGCGUCCCUGUGCGUGUGUUGCGGGUGUACGCUUGUGUUUUCAGGGAUUAGAGGUAAGCAUUGAGUGUGUUCUGCUUUAGUUCUUGUGUUUGCUACAGGAUCUCACUAGUGCUGUGGUUGGUUGUCUGUCUAGAUUGAUUGGCCCACAGGUUCCAGGUUCUUGUCCCUCUGUGGGUUCACACACUUGCAGCGCUUGCCUGACUUCUUAUUGGGACUGGAGCAGAGCCAGGCUCAGGUCCUUAGACUUGUGCAGUGGGCACUUGGAAUUUUAUUACAAAAUCUAAACCUGCAAUUUAUUACAAAUUUUUAUUACAAAAUUUGUUUUCAGAAGCUCUCACUUCUUGACCUUUUUUAAUGUAAUUAACGCUUCCAGGUCAUCAGGCUGCAUAGAGAUUUAUUUUAUUGCUGACUUCUAUUAAGUAAUAGCUGAUCGUGAAAAAAAAAUACUUCUGAGCUUGGUCUAGAUUAUUUAUGGUUAAUAGUGUUAGGCAAUAAAAAUCAUAAUAAUAAACACUGAAGAGUUGACUAUAAUCAAAGAAAGAAAAAUAUUUUAGGGUUUGAGGU